GCGCUCCCGCCUUCUCUCCGUGGCGGCUCAACUCGGACCGUGUGGGGGGGAGGGAGGGAGGGAGGGAGGGGGCGUGGAGGAAUUGGGGUUCUCAGGAGCACUAGCGGCAGCACCACUUCCGGAAAGUUCAGGAGCCCUGGAAAGGAGAAAGAAUAAAACAACAGGAGGAAGAGAGAGAGAGGGUAGAAUGGAAGAAUCUCACUUCAAUUCUAACCCAUACUUCUGGCCUUCUAUCCCCACGGUCUCAGGACAGAUUGAGAACACGAUGUUCAUCAACAAGAUGAAGGAUCAACUGUUGCCAGAGAAGGGCUGUGGGCUGGCUCCACCCCACUACCCCACCUUGUUGACAGUGCCUGCCUCAGUGUCCCUGCCCUCAGGCAUCAGUAUGGACACAGAGUCCAAGUCAGACCAGCUGACCCCACAUAGCCAGGCAUCCGUUACCCAGAAUAUCACGGUGGUCCCUGUGCCGUCUACAGGAUUAAUGACUGCUGGAGUCUCCUGUUCUCAGAGGUGGAGAAGAGAAGGGAGUCAAUCAAGGGGUCCUGGUUUGGUAAUCACGUCCCCCUCAGGCUCCCUUGUGACCACAGCCUCAUCAGCUCAGACCUUCCCCAUUUCGGCUCCCAUGAUUGUCUCAGCUCUUCCCCCUGGCUCACAAGCCCUGCAGGUGGUCCCUGACCUCUCCAAGAAGGUAUCAUCAACCCUAACAGAGGAAGGAGGCGGAGGUGGUGGUGGAGGUGGCAGUGUGGCUCCAAAGCCCCACCGGGGCCGAAAGAAGAAGCGGAUGUUGGAAUCAGGGUUGCCCGAGAUGAACGACCCUUAUGUCCUCUCCCCUGAGGAUGAUGAUGACCAUCAGAAAGACGGCAAGACCUAUAGGUGCCGGAUGUGCUCACUGACAUUCUACUCAAAGUCGGAGAUGCAGAUCCACUCCAAGUCACACACCGAGACCAAGCCCCACAAGUGCCCACAUUGUUCCAAGACCUUCGCCAACAGCUCCUACCUGGCCCAGCACAUCCGUAUCCACUCAGGGGCUAAGCCCUACAGUUGUAACUUCUGUGAGAAAUCCUUCCGCCAGCUAUCUCACCUCCAGCAGCACACCCGGAUCCACUCUAAGAUGCACACGGAGACCAUCAAGCCCCACAAGUGCCCGCACUGCUCCAAGAGCUUCGCCAACACCUCCUACCUGGCUCAGCACCUCCGUAUCCACUCGGGGGCCAAGCCCUACAACUGUUCCUACUGCCAGAAGGCCUUCCGCCAGCUCUCCCACCUCCAGCAGCACACACGAAUCCACACCGGGGAUAGACCAUACAAAUGUGUCCACCCAGGCUGUGAGAAAGCCUUCACACAGCUCUCCAAUCUGCAGUCCCACAGACGGCAGCACAACAAAGAUAAACCCUUCAAGUGCCACAACUGUCAUCGGGCGUACACAGACGCAGCCUCACUAGAGGUGCACCUAUCUACGCAUACAGUGAAGCAUGCCAAGGUGUACACCUGUACUAUCUGUAGUCGGGCAUAUACGUCGGAAACGUACCUUAUGAAACAUAUGCGCAAACACAACCCUCCUGAUCUCCAGCAACAAGUGCAGGCAGCGGCAGCAGCGGCAGCAGUGGCCCAGGCCCAGGCCCAGGCCCAGGCUCAAGCCCAAGCCCAAGCCCAAGCCCAGGCUCAAGCCCAAGCCCAAGCCCAAGCCCAGGCUUCCCAGGCAUCGCAACAGCAGCAGCAGCAGCAGCAACCACAGCCACCACACUUCCUCCCCGGGGCAGCCCCCCAGGGUGGGGGUGGUGGGGACAGCAACCCCAACCCUCCACCCCAGUGUUCUUUUGACCUGACCCCCUAUAAGACGGCGGAGCAUCAUAAGGACAUCUGCCUCACUGUCACCACCAGCACCAUCCAGGUGGAGCACCUGGCCAGCUCAUAGAGACCUAUGCUGCCACCCCACUGGGAAAAGGGAGAAGAAGUUCUGGUCUCUUCUUUCUCUAACUCCUCUUGGUGGGAAACGUCUUCUUCCUUGACAGGCCUUGGCUCCAUCUCCUUGGGCCUCAGGCACAGCCUUCCUUCACAUGAUACCAUCCUUAUUUUCAACUCUUCAAAAGGAUUAUCAGCCCUCCUGAUUGGCAAAGGAAUACUGAGCUGGUAGUGUAAUCCAGCAGCCUCCCUCCUAAGCAUAGCUUUUAAAAAUUGGGAGUUGGUGCUCAAGGGGGGGAUUUGCUAUGACCUCAUAGAAACGUUUCCAUUGUGGGCACUUACUCUCUCCUUACCCUCAUAAUCUUCAAAGUUUAGGCUGAUAGAAGACUAGAGGCUGGCCCUCCCAGAUACCAGAGAGAAGAAAGCCCUAAAUGUAACCAGCCUCCUGUUCCAAUCUUGCCUGUGUAAGAACAGAGGUUUCUCAUGUGCCCUGACCCUGGGAGCCAUUUCCCCUCAUGGUCUCACUUCAGUUCCUACCUGAUGCUGGAGGAAGGAGAUCUGGGUGGGGGUCAGACUCCCUUUACUUGUAAAGGGCAUGAGCCUAGAUGUGGUCCCCACGGGGCCAGUGAUCCCCAGAUGGUCGAGGGUGGCUUAGAAACGUGGGAUAUGGUCUUCCUUGGAGCCUCUCCCCUUCUCUGCCAACCAAGGCCCUAUACUCAGCCUCCCCAUCCCCAAACUUAAGGAGCUGUGGGAGCUUUAUGAAAUCCCAAACAAAGGAGUGUUGCACAGAAGGGAAAGUUCAGGGCAAACACAAGGACUGGACUUAGCUUCCUAGGUGCCACGGUCAGUUGCUGGACACGGAUUUAUAUAUAAAUAUAUAUAUAUAUAUAUAAGUAUAUAUAUACCCACUCAUCACGGCCAUUUUUGUUGUAACCAUUUCUGUGUUUAUAAAUGCAUUAUCGCUGAGAAUUUUCA